CCCUAGCCGGCCACCUAUCCAUAUAUUUUCGCCCCAUAAAAAGAACCCUAGUUAUACUGUUAGCUAGUCACUAGCAAAGCGGCGAAGCGAUUUGCAAUCUCAACUCACCGUUUCUCACGAUUGGAUUCUCCUUAAAAUCAUGGCUGCUCAGAUUAGCAAGAAGCGCAAGUUUGUUGCGGAUGGAGUGUUCUACGCGGAGCUAAAUGAGGUUUUGACAAGGGAGCUUGCUGAGGAUGGAUACUCCGGAGUUGAAGUCAGAGUUACUCCUAUGCGUACUGAGAUCAUCAUCAGAGCUACUCGUACUCAAAAUGUUCUUGGUGAGAAGGGUAGAAGGAUUAGAGAGUUGACUUCUGUUGUUCAGAAACGAUUCAAGUUUCCGGAGAACAGUGUGGAGCUCUAUGCUGAGAAAGUUAACAACAGGGGUCUUUGCGCCAUUGCACAGGCCGAGUCCCUGCGAUACAAGCUCCUUGGAGGCCUUGCUGUUCGGAGGGCUUGCUAUGGUGUUCUCAGAUUUGUCAUGGAGAGUGGAGCCAAGGGAUGCGAGGUCAUAGUGAGUGGAAAGCUCCGAGCUCAGCGUGCAAAGUCGAUGAAGUUCAAGGAUGGGUACAUGAUAUCCUCUGGUCAUCCCGUCAAGGAAUAUAUUGAUUCUGCUGUCAGACAUGUUCUUCUUAGGCAGGGUGUGCUGGGUAUCAAAGUUAAAAUCAUGCUGGAUUGGGAUCCAAAGGGCAAGCAGGGUCCAAUGACCCCAUUGCCUGAUCUCGUCACCAUCCACCCUCCCAAGGAAGAGGAAGAGUAUACAGAAAAGAAAGACUUUGAACCGCUUGCUCCCCAUGCCAAUAUCGAGGUUCCGGUUGUGGUUUAGAGCCCACCCCAAAUGAGUCUUGAAUGUAGUGUUUCACUCAAGUUUUCAACUAUUUAGUUAAAGGAGAUCGCUAGAUUUCUGCCUGUACGGAUUACUAUUUUGUGAAUGAGGUGGAUUUUGGUCGUGUUUAGUGUACUUGGUAUGUUUUAAAGGAAUAUUAUUAAGCUUAUCUGUUUGCUUA